UAUACUAAAAAUGAUUAAAAAAAUAGAUAUCUGUUUUACAUAACCUGUGCGUAAAGGUCCACGAACAAAAGUUGUAAACAUUGGCCGAAAUGAGUAGUAGACUGAAUUCAUAUGGAACUCAAAAACAUACACACAAUGAGUUAGAAGAUUUGGAGGAAGCUUAUAGGUUUAUCAGUCAGUGGAAACCAUCAUCAGAUGUAUUUGCACUGAAGAACUUUCCGUAUGCCAUAUCAGCACUGGGAAGCUGCACAGCUGCUUACAUUAAUGCACACUACAGAAAGGUUGUCAAGCUGCGUCACCAUGCCUUUGUUGCUAGUCUCAUCCCUGUGGUAGUCCUGCCACCAUUGGUUGGCACACUUAUGCAUCAUCAUUUUAUUCAGCGUCCCUUGCUGCUGCAGAAGUUCCAAUGUCCUGUUUGUUUGGAGCUUAGAGCUGGGGGUAUUCAGCUCUUUGCAGGCUUCAUUUACCCUAUGGUGUUAGCCCCUCUGGCUGCCUUUCAGUUUGCAUCAAGAUUAUAUACAUAUUCUCUGCCAGACAUAUCGCAGCCAAAGGCACUGUUUAAAGAAUUUAUCAAAAUGACAAGACCAAUAAAGUCAAAGCUUUAUGUAUUAGCUGGAAUACAGCUGGCAGCUGGCAUGCUCUGGACUCACUGGGAAGCUCACAACCUCUUUACCGUAAUGUCAAAGCUUUCUCACAUGGAGGAAGUUGUCAGGAAGCACCAUGAAGAGCAGAAGGAGAAAGAGGAUUCUGUUUUCUGAGUUAAAAGAUAUAUAGAGAGAGAUUCAUAUAAGAUGCAUUGUGUAUAAGUUCGGUUGAUAGUGAUGUAUAUCUUCUAUGAACUUAUAAAAAGUCAGCAAAAGAUUUGUGGGUAUUCUACUUGAAAAAAUUGUUGUGAUGUGUAGUACAGCUUUGUUAUUUUCUUUAUAACUUUUUAAACUGAAAAAGAAUUCCCCCCACAGUUUUUGUUAAAUAUUUAUACUGUAUAUUUUUUGUAAAUACAAUGUAUAACAAAGUAUUUA